GCUCUGCUGCAAUAAGCGGACGAAGCGCGAGCAGCAGAUCUGAAGGACAGCAGUGACCGUUCGCGUCUGUCAUUGACAGCAUGCGCUGCGGUUUGCUCGGCGAAACCAAUUCACGUCGAAGAACAUCCCCAGAUGAAAGGCACUUGCCUUCGGCGACCCAUUUUCUCCUUUCGCUAAACCUCAAGGUCCUUCGCCGUUAAUGUAACAGGAAGAACGGGCGCUGAUGUGACACAUUGGAUCUGCCUAUUGGGUGAACGCGCUUUCACAUUUAUCAGCUCGGACAGUAUUGUCGCGUAAUAAUGAGCUUUUUUGAUGUCUGCGAAGCUGACUGAACACGAAUAUUUGUAUCUGUAAGUCUGGUUUCCAGCGGUGCACAUCAGAUUUCCUGUCAACAUACCACCAAUUUUCUUUAGUCUGUCUUGAUCGAGGAAAUUGGAUAAGGAUGGAACCAGAGCAGCAAAUUCAAAGCCAGUGCAAGACUAAUGAUCUGGCAUCAUCUGCGCAACCAAAAGGACCAGCAGAAACGUCUUCUUCCUCCACAUUUUCUCCUGCCCCUUCUACACCACCGACGGCUCCAGCCAGGCCCCGCCGGCCUCAGAGGAGCCCGCGAGUGGAAGGAUCUAUCGACGUAUCGGAGCCCAAGCCUCCAGAAUCUCCUAAACUGCAGCAGCUAAGCAGCCAUGCUGAACCGUCCGAGCCCGACAGCUCCAAACACCCCUCAGAACCUCAAUCUCAACUCACUGUUGACCAUGGAGCUCCACGUUUGACUGAACAGAAAUUUUCAGGACAUACUGCAGUGUCUCGGAGCCACAUUGCAAUGAGGGCCGCCUCGCUUCCUCAGGCCCCGUCAUACAGACCACCACCUACAGAUCCCGCUCUUCACCCGCAGAGGGCCCUAUCUGUUGCUGGGACUGCCGACACUCAGCCGCAGGUGGUGGAGGAUUUCAGGGUGCACAUUAUCACGUGGAACGUGGGCUCAGCCAUGCCUCCUGAAGACAUCACUUCACUGCUGGGGCUGAAUGUCGGUGAUGGGAACACAGACAUGUAUAUUAUAGGCUUACAGGAAGUGAACUCUAUGAUCAACAAACGACUCAAAGAUGUUCUUUUCACUGACCAGUGGAGCGAAGUCUGCAUGGACGCUCUCAGCCCCUUUGGAUAUGUACUGGUCACAUCUCAGAGGAUGCAGGGAAUGCUGUUGCUGGUCUUCGCCAAGUACUUUCACCUGCCGUUCCUGAGAGGCAUUCAAACGCAGACCACUCGCACCGGCCUCGGCGGGAUCUGGGGGAAUAAAGGAGGCGUUAGCGCUCGCAUGAACGUGUUUGGCCAUUCGAUCUGUUUCUUGAACUGUCAUCUGCCCGCACACAUGGAGAACUCAGACCAGCGCAUGGAGGACUUCGAAAGCAUCCUGCAGCAGCAGCAGUUUGAAGGACAAGCUGCUACGGGCGUCCUGGAUCACGAUGUGGUUUUCUGGUUUGGAGACCUGAACUUCCGAAUCGAGGACCUUGAUAUGCAAGUUGUGAAAGCAGCCAUUGACAAUAACAAACUGUCCACAUUAUGGGAAAAAGACCAGCUGAACAUGGCUAAAGACAGUGAGACGGUGCUUGAAGGCUUCCACGAGGGGCCGCUUAAAUUCCCUCCUACGUAUAAGUUUGAUGUGGGUACAGACACGUACGAUACCAGUGGUAAGAAGCGUAAGCCAGCGUGGACUGAUCGUAUUCUUUGGCGGAUGAGGCCGAUGGCUCAGGUCAGCAACAGCAUGUCGAAGCGCAGCUCACUGUCGGGUCUAACCAGCGGAACCCGUGUGUCGCAGCAUUUUUACCGCAGUCACAUGGAGUACACCGUCAGUGACCACAAGCCCGUCUCCUCUAUUUUCACUCUGCAGUUCCCAUAUAAGGUGGACAUGCCUUUGGUAACAAUCUUUGUAGAGGAUGAAUGGAGAGAAAUAUCAGAUGCUGUGGCCAAAUUCAAAGUGGCACCCAGCUUCGCUCGAAGCUCAUGGGACUGGAUUGGGCUUUAUAAGGUUGGUUUUAAACAUCAUAAAGACUAUGUGAGUUACGUUUGGGCCAAGCAGGAAGAGUCUGAUUUCCUGAGACAGGAGCACCAAGUGAAUUUUACAGAGGAAGAAUUGCCAAAGGAUACUGGGGACUUCAUACUGGGUUAUUAUAGCAACAAUAUGAGCUCCAUUGUGGGCGUCACCGAGCCAUUCCAGAUUCAACUGCCAGCGUCCACCGCAGCUGGUCUGAGUCCGUCUGACAGCUCCGACUUCACGUCUGAUGAUGAGGUGAAGAAGAGCGACUCCUAUGACUCCAGCCCUGAGACUGAAGAGCAGCAGAGCAGCAGCUGGAGCUCCAGACGAGCCAAAGGGCCGAAGGCGAACCCCAACGAACCGCACUCCAAAGACACCGCUGCACAUUCCAGUUCCAGCAGACCGGCCGGUGGGAUCGGUGGCUCCUCCGAUGAUCCCGUCGCUACGGAUGACAGCUAUAACUCAGGAAAAGAUGCAACCAAGCCAGAGGAACCUUAGCUAAGCACAGCACCUUCUCUGGAGGAAGAUAUCAGCUCGAGGCUGGCAUCGCAGGUUUCUGCUGGGUCUGUGAUGUCGUUGUACAUUUACUGUCCUGUGAUGUUGUUUGGAGAUGUUGUCUUAUAUGUUGCAGGGCAGAAGUAAGCGUUUAGUAUGUGGCGCCCUCCAGCAAACACAAGAGGGCAGACUGAGUUGUUUGUGUCUGUUCUGUGUAGUCAUUCUAUUCAUAUUCUUCUUCUCCUGUUCCUCUUUAAAUGCACAAGACUAAACCUGAAACACUAAGAAACAAUCUUAUACAUGCACAAUAUUAAUUGAUGAAUAUGGAUUUUUUUUCCAGAAUCAACCAGGGUUUAACGCACAACAGAUCAACAUUUCUGGUUCUUUAUAGGAUUUAUUGGAGCAGAUCCUCUUUAAGUUUUCCAGUGCUCUGUUCCAAAGUCUAGUUGAGCUGCCUAUCUAGGCAUCAUAAGCUAUGUUUCCAUCCAGUGAGAUGAAAAAAAGUCACUUCCUGAUAAACUGGUGCCACUAAGAAAAAGGACAUUUUCUGCAGCAGAAAAAAUUACUGUGGGUCUUUUUCCAUUUGUAAUAAACUACUUGUGGCUCAGAGAGUGCAGGCGAAAUGCGUUAAUUAUGGUGUUGUUAUAUUGCAUUUGGAGGAGGAUGCCUGCUGUCUGGGACAGUAAGACAGUUCUGGGAAUUUCUCUGCAUCUGCACUUUCAUGACAAACUUUGGUUCAGGCAUUUCAGAAUGACCAAAACAUCAUUUCAGAUGCUGUGCAUGCGAUCGAUUUGCUGGUUAAUGCAGUUAUGUCAUCCCAUCGCGCAAAGUCACAUUUAAAUGUGCUUCAUCAAAAAAUGUAUUUGUUAAAUGCAUUUCCAUUGUAGUUUCUGCACGUUUUCUUACUGGAUAAAAAACUUACCCCCUAAGUUUUUAUGCAUAUUUUUAGAGUUUAUGCGCAUCUUGGCGCAUCAUAUCCAUCCUGCGUUUUUUACGCAAUAUCCCAAAAUGCGCAUAAAAAUAGGUGGAUGGAGACAUAGCUAUGGAUGUGCUCCAGACUCCCAGAUUUGAUGCUUUCUGGUAAGAUUUUUCUGGAAGAUUCUGGUAAGAGGUUUUUGGAAAAGCAUCACACCCCUCAAGGAUAGAGCAAUCCCAGAAUGCACUGUGAGAAAUAGCUCCAUCUUAUUGACUAUUUCACGCAAUAUUUAUGUGUGUUACAUCAGACUCUGAGGUAAUCAACAGCAAGCAUUAGUCAGGUUGCUCAUGGGAAGUGGUGCAUUAAGAGACUUAGGAACCUGCCUUGUUAGGUAUACAGCAGAGAGUGAAGCAGUUCACUAGGAUUUGGAGCAGAGCUCGUGACUUCACAGUGUCAUAGAAGAUGUCAGGAAUACUCUUCUAAUGGUUACAUGCUGUCGUCAGCACCUUAUUAUGACAGUGAAGGGUGUUGGAUAACAUUCACAUGCUCUGAAAAUGCAAAUAUUUAUUCUCCUCAGGUUCUUGACAGGCAGACACACAUAAAGGGAUGACUCUUAGCUAACGAAGUACUCGGUAAAGUACAGUUUGUAUAUUUAUUCAUGUUGAUUACCGUCUUAACCAGCUGUUAGCGUUUUACAAUAUUAUAGGACAAUGAUGAAAUCUCUUGCUCUCAAAGUUGUGACUGCUGUGCCGUCAUGUUCCUGUGGUAAAUGUUCGAGAAAAUUAUUUAAAGCAAUGUCCAGCUCCUUGACCUGCUAGUUUAAAGUCACCAUGAAACACACUUCACAAACCAAUGUAUUUUAGAAUGAAACAGGAUAGUCAGUGAAGGAAAUACAGAGCGUUAUUGGCUGGUGCUUUGUGACUUAUAACCAAAUAACAAAUGUAUAGCAGAGGCAGAAUUAGUACACUUUUAUGGAAGAAUAUAACGACAACGCUCACCAUGACUCCUGUACUGUAAGGGCCGCUUCAGACAAAAUAUGUGUUUGUGUUCAAAAAAUGGUGUACAGACGCAUUUUUGGGUGCCAUGUUUAUAUGGAAGAUACUACAGCGGAAUGCAAAACUGUCUUUUGUGUGAACGGCUCCUUGCGGUGCGUUCAUACUAACUUUGUGUUGCGUUUGAAUGGAAGAAUAUGAAGAUUAUUCUUAUUUAAAUGUAACGUUCACCAGUGACUCCUACACAAUAAGGGCCUGUUCACACAGAAUGCAUUUUUGCGCUUAAAAAUGUGAGACACGGCAGUAUAAUGAAGAAAAAGUCCUGGAGACGUGUUUUUAUAAUGCGGUGUCAUUAGUGAGACACUCCAAAAGAUGGUCAAAAAGAUCCAUUUGGUGCAUCUUUGUAGUGAAAAAAAUUGAAAUUGCAUUCAGAUUAGCUUUUUAUUACACUUCGGGCCAGUUUUACCAAACAGAGCAAAUAGCAUUAGAGCGUAAUUCCAUAAAAGUACUGAUGGGAGGGUAAAAUUCUGUGUGUGAUUUACUGACAAUGCGCAAGUUAAAGAACACAGAGACAGCCAGAUCAUUUCCGUAAUGACCGGCACAAUCUACCAAAGAGCAGUGCAAAUUACCACCUGCUUUAAGACAUGCUUUUUUGGGUGUUAAAUAAUGGCACAAACCAGUAAUUUAACGAUCACAAAUGUUAGUAAAAUGCAUUGCGUGAUUCAUUUUAAUACUCACGUAUACAUUUUGCAUCUGUAAGGGAAACGCCUACAAAUACAUAUUCAGUAAGGUCAGGUGCAAAAAUAACUGUGUCCAUGCCUUUUCAGCAAUUCAGUAAAAGACAAACAUUUAUUAAAUGUGAAGUUGACCAGUGACUCCUGCACUAUGAUUGUCAGUUCACACAGAAUGUGUUUUUGCAUUUUAAAUGCGAGACACAGGGCAUUGCAAAUGGAAUUAAAAAAACACAAA